AUGGAUAGCCCGGAAUACCUCGAGAGGCGCAAGACACCGUUCUCACCUCCUACGGUCACGCUCAAGGAAAUCCACGAUGCCGUCCCGAAGCAUCUUCUCAAAGGCAACCCCGUCCUGGCGACGCUGUAUGUCCUCCGCGACAUAUCCUUCACUCUCCUGCUCUUCAAACUCGCCUCCCGGAUCAGCGACGUCGAAGCCUACUUAACCAGCCCAGUACUCGGUAUCCUCGUCAAGUCCUUCUUGUGGCUUGCAUACUGGUGGGUCCAGGGACUAGUAUGGGCUGGGAUAUUCUGCCUCGGACACGAUGCGGGGCACGGUACGCUUUAUCGAUCCACGAGGGUGAACAAUCUUGUAGGCUUCGUGCUGCAUACGGCUCUACUGAUUCCUUACUACGCAUGGCGCGCUACACACCAUGCACAUCAUAAAGCGACCUCCUCCAUGGAACGCGAUGAGAACUACGUUCCCUACCUCCGGAGCGAUUACGGGCUACCCUCCAAGGAAAAGGCAAGGCAGUUUGAUUACGACGAGGUCUUUGAGGAGACACCGAUCUAUACGCUCUCGAGGAUGCUCAUCAUGCAGGGCCUUGGAUGGUGGGUGUACCUAGCGAAGAACACCAUGGGAUCUAAAAUGUAUUCCUCUGGGACUAACCAUUUUGAUCCUGAUUCACCGCUGUUCAAGCCUGAACAAAGAAAUGCUAUCAUCAUUUCUGACAUUGGCUUGAUCGCCAUGGUCCUCCUCCUCACCUACGCCGGGCCCGGUUUUUUCUUCAAGUACUACUUGGUUCCCUACCUACUGACGAAUCACUGGUCUGUCUCUCCGACCCUUCAUCUAUCCACUGUACCGUCUAUUUCUCAUCCAUCCCGCGUCAUGAUUAUUCAUUCAAUUCAUCGCUUUCCAGUAAUGUUCACGUACCUCCAUCACUCUGAUCCCACUAUACCGCAUUAUAGAAAGGCGGAAUGGUCCUUCCUCCGCGGUGCGGCGGCGACGGUUGACCGACCCCUCCUAGGCUGGAUGGGAAGGUUUUUCUUCCAUAACAUCAGUCAUGAUCAUGUGGCUCAUCACUUCUUCUCGAGUGCUCCGUUCUAUAACGGCCCAGCGAUCACCCAGGUUGUCAAGAAUGUUCUCGGUGACAGCUACAACUACGAUUCGACGCCCUCAUUUUACGCGCUAUAUCGCUCAUUCACUCAAUGCCUCUUUGUCGAGGAAGAGGGCGACAUCGUUUUCUACAAGAAUAAGAACGGGGAAGCGGCCCGAGAGGUUGCGUAUGAUGCUGUCAAGAGGAUCAGAGUAGACGGCUGGAAUCCUGUCGCCCAAGAUGAGCUAGACGAAAAGAAUAAAGAAGAGUAA